AUGAGUGAAAGCACCCGCCUCAAGAGCACCAUCUACGUGGGAGGCCUUGACCAGGCCGUCUCCGCGCACACGUUGGCAGAGGCUUUUGUGCCUUUCGGCGAGGUUGUCGACAUCUCACUCCCAAAGCCUGAUCAACCCAACUCAGCCGAUACUCACCGAGGCUUUGGGUAUGUCGAAUUCGAUCUUCCGCAAGAUGCCAAGGAAGCUAUCGACAACAUGGAUGGUAGUGAAAUCUACGGACGCACUAUCAAGGUCGCUGCAGCGAAACCACAAAAGGAUGCCAAUGAGGGAUUGGGUAGUAAAACAGCUAUUUGGGAACAGGAGGGCUACUUGGCCAAACAUGCUGUCAGCGAGGAAGAUCGCCAAGCAGCGGAAGAGGCUCGGGAGGCAAGCAAUCGACCCCAAGACCCAAUGGAAGGUCUGGAACAACUAGAUGUUGCGGGGCCUAAGGCCGAGUGA